AUGUUGCCAAUCAUAUCGUCCCUUGACCCGUGGAGGAGUCCACCACGAAAGGCCCCACCGAAAAAUGGACUCAGGCCGGGACAUCCUGAAUACCUCUUUUUCGAUUGCCCGAUUCUGCUCCCCAGCGGCCGCCCCUCCAGAGAAGUGCGCUGGUACUUUGCGUUUUUUGGCAGCCCCGAACACGACAACGACACAGGCGAAGGAGCUGUUCCCAAUACAGCGAUGACUUCGCCCAACGCCACGCUCGACCUUCCCAUCGAUAACUCGAUUGGCAGCGCCCUGCAGAACGACAGCACCACGAACACGAACUCCACGACGACCAACUGUGCCGACACGACGCAAGACGCGCCUGGCGCGACGUACGACGAGUCAGCGACAUUACCGACGCCUCUGAUCACUGCUGGUGGUGCUUUGGCCGCGGGCAGCCACCUGUUGCUGGCCACCACAGACGGCUCAUCAAACAUCAACAUCAAUAUCAACACAACUAUUGACCCCGACAUCGACACGAACACAAACCAGCUCGCCCCUCCCCUGGAUCUCUUUGCCGGCACUGCCGGGACAAUCCAGAACGGCCUGAUCCCCAUGACCUAUUAUCUUGCUGGCGGCUCCGCCGGCGGCCAGUUCGGCAAUGCCGACAACGACCACAAGCACUGCAUCAACCCGCAAGACCUGGCCUCCUAUCUGGACACGACCAAACUGCAGACGACCGACCACUUGCCGGAUUCCUCGUACUUUCCGAACACGACGUACAAUGGUGCUGCUGUGGCGGCGGCGAGCACGAGGCCGUCCGGCCUGGACUCGUUUGCCCGGCUCAAGUUUGCCGACGGCACCUUUUUCAUGACGACGUACUCGGUCAUCAUCGGCCGCGACCAGCUGGCUAUCGACCAGGCCCGUCGAGAUCUGCGCUGCGGCACGGUCGGCGAUGGCCUGCCAGCCAUCAGCUUCCACGACCAGACCGACCUGCCGCAGCAACGGAAAAAGUUCAGCCGCUCCUACAUCAGCGAGGAGGGCGGUAUCAUGGGGCCGGAGGCUGACGACGACCAGCCGGCGACCAGCCGUCCGGCCAAGCGGAGAAAGACGAACUCGGGCGAGUCAGCCUCGCAGCCAGAGGGAAGCAGACACGGGAGUAGCGGUGGCGGACACGCCAGCGGGGCUGGUGCAGGUACAGGUGCAGGUGCAGGUGCAGGUGCAGGUGCAGGUGCUGGUGCUGUACAGAACGGAAACGGCACAGACCACGGGGCUGCUGAUGGCAACGAUCAUGCCAGCAGCAGCAUCGUGCCUGACCGCCAGUACUUUCCCGGCCACACGCCCAACUCAGCCAUGGUGGACAUCGAGACCCACCAGCCAUCACCGCACCGGGUGGCCUUUGUCGGGAUCCACUCGCCCGGCCCUGAUAUGCUGGCCAAGACCAAGGCGAUCUCGCGCAAGCAUCUGAAGAUCUCGUUCAACUUUGAGAAGAGCGUCUUCGAGGCUGAGCCACUGCACAUGAACGGCUUUUUCCACAACGACCAGUACGUGCGGGACCACUCGGUCGUGCUGCGGUCCAACGAUACGCUGCAGAUCAAGGACAUCGCCUUUGAGUUUGUCAUCAGCACUGUCAAGAAGGGCCUCACCGGCGCUGAAUUGCUGCCGCCCAGAAAGAAGACCACCGGCGGCAAGCAGAUGAGCUUUGAGUUUGAGAGCCACCACGACGGCAACGUCCAGGACACGAGCGAGGAAGAGCCGCAGCCGGGUGCCGGUGCCGACGACGACGACAUUCCCGAUAUCAGCAGCAAGGGCAAGGGCAAGGGCAAAGGCAAGGCCAAGGCCAAGGCCAAGAAGGCGCCCAAGGCAUCCGCAUUCGCCAUGCCGGCAGCCAUGCCGACGGCGCUGCCAUCCUACGCCGACGAUGCCAUGGACGAGGACCAGAAGCUGCUGAUCCGGUCGAUCGAGCAGGACCCGACAUUGGCGACGCAGCAGCUCGCGGCCGAGAUGGGCCUGCCGUCGCUGCCGACACUCAAGAAGCGUGGCCCGGGUAGGCCGCCCAAGAACGGUUUCAUGUCACUCAAGGACACGAAGAGGCUGCUCAAGGCAGCGGCCGAUGGAAAAGACUCAGCCAACGCCGCGGCAGCCGCGGCAGCUGUGGCAUUGGUUGGGACGGUCAACGCAGAGGCUGUCUCAAACGCUGGCUUAGCGGCCAUCUUGGAAGCGAUCCAUGCCGACGCCAACAAUAAUGCCAACAGUAUUGUCAACAACAACAACAACAACAACAAUAGCGUCCUCUUGUUGGGCAGCGGUGGCAGUGGCGGCUACAUUGCGCCGACACAGAGUCCGGAGGCAGGUUUCGUGGCCACACCGGGCGGCUCCUCUGCAGCUACGGCGUUUGACGGCACACCUGCAGCCACGAUGAACAUGUAUAGCGGUGGUGGUGGUGUCAGUAUAGGUGGUGACUUGAACGGCAACAGCAACGCCAACAGCUCUAACAUGCCGAUGAUGGGAAUGGUCGGCGGGCCCUCGUCUGCGAACACAGCAGCAGCAGGGCCACCGGUGAAGCGCAAGGUUGGACGUCCACGAAAGUAUCCACUUCCGGACAACGCGGACCAGCAGCCGGAGAAGCGCAAGUACAAGCCGCGGAAGCCACGAAACGAGGGCGACAUAAACAACAGUGGCAGCGGCGGUGGUGGUCACGGCGGAAACGGCGAAACGGACUCGGACGGCAACGGCGGUCACGGCCACGGUCACAACGGUCACGGCGGCGCGGAAGCGCGGCGACAUGAGCGGCACAAGACGCCGCCGCUGCAGCUCAACCGGGCCGACUACACGGCCGAGCAACUGGCCAAGCCGAACAAGAACUACAGCGUACUGAUCGACGAGGUGCUGCAGCAGGCGGCCAGCGGCUUGACACUUAAGCAGGUCUACAAGCGGAUCCAGGCACGCUACCCCUACUUUUUCUUCGAGGUCGAGACGAAGGGCUGGGAGAGCAGCGUGCGCCACAACUUGAUCGGCAACUUUGCCUUUGCCAAGAUGGAGGACUCACAGCGAUGGAUGCGCGUCGACGGUAUGUCGCUCGAGGAGGGAAAGCGUCUGGCCUCGGCAGCCGCAGCCGUCCAGGCCGAAGAGAAGACCCGCGGCGGCGGUCGGGCAGUGAAUCCGCAGCAGCAGCUGCAGCAGCAGCAGCAGCUUGGAGGUGCUGGCGGCCAGUCACAGGUGCAGGCACAACUGCAGACGCAGACGCAGACGCAGACACCCACGCCGAUGCCCACACCUACACAGAUGCAGACACAUGUGCAGGACCAGCAGCAGCAGCUAUUUCAGAUCCAACAGCUGCAGCAACAGCAACUGGCAGACCCUCAUGGGCUCGGACAGCUGCAGGCGCAUCUUGGCGGAUACCAGUCACAGCAGCAGCAGCAGCAGGCUGGCCUUUCUGAAGAUGGUGACGGCAAAGGCGGCCAACAGCAGCAGAUGUCGCUUCCGUCCCAGAACAACGUGCUCUCAGCCGUGCAUCAGCUGGCAGCAGCCAGCCAGGCCGAAACAGGCGGCAACGUUGCCGGUAAUGCUGCAUCCGGGGUCGUACAGCCACAGCAUACGUUCCAGCAAGCAGCAGUGCCACCGGCUGCAGCUGCAACAACAGCGCUAGAACAGUCUCCAGCACAGCAGCCACAGCCUCUAGCACAGCAGCCACAGCAGCCGCGGCGAGUGCAGACCGCUGCAGAAUACCAGCCACAGCUAAAGUACCAGCCACAAAUUCCGCCACAGCAGCAGGCAUUGGCGGUGGCACCCGAGACGAGCGUGCUGGUGCGCAACUUCAAGGCGCAAGUGCUCAAGCAGGCGGGCAAGCUGACGCCGUACGCGGAAGAGAUCGCCAUGUCGGUGGUGAACCGGUGUCUACGGCUGUCAUCAGAGAGCACGGCGCCGAACAGCGCGGAUGGCGACGCGACAGCGACAGCGACAGCCUCGGCAGCCAGCACGGCCAAUCUGGAGGCCGUCAUAAUGCAGGUGUUUGAGAAGAGCCUGGAGCGGCAGCUGGGCGGCCGGCCGCCAAUCAGUCCGGCGCUGCUGGAACAGCUAGUCCGAGUCAAGAGCACCUUUACGACGUUUAUCGCAGAAAAGAUGGGCCAGCGACGGGCCAGCAUGCUGAUUCUCUCGGCCAUGGAUCAGGUGCUCGGCUUCACCGACCGCAGCAUGAUGCACGCGGCCACCGAGACAGAGCGCCGCGAGAUUGCCGGCUCCGAGCGGCUCAUCCUUGAUCACCUGCGCGAUCUCGUCAAGGGGUUCAAUCUGCCGCUGACGCCGCAGCAGCAGCUGCAGCAGCAGGAGGUGGAACAAUACCAGCAGAGGCUGGUCUCGUCAGCAAGGGCGGCUUCAAACUAA